GUAGCUAGUAGGUAUUGCGAAAUUGGGUGAAUGUUUUAUUCUGUGUUUGCGAAAUGUGUAUUUACGUAGGUGCUUCAAUCAGGAACUGGUACAAAGAAAUAAUCAUGUGUCGAUAACAUUAGUGCCAAUGAAUUAUAAAAAAAGUACAGCAGGUUCUAAGCAGUUGAAUUAUAUUAUUGCAAAUUUUGCACACAACACAGGCCAUAUUAAUCACAAUGUAAUAUAUUCCGGUACCUAUUAGCAAGCAGCAGUGUAGCACCGCUUUCUUUGUUGUUAAAGAGACAGUACUGUAGUGUAGAAAAAGCUAUUUUAGUCAGAACUAUAUAAUUUUGCUUUAUUACAAUUAUUGAACUACUUGAACUACGCGUUGUUUAGUGCGGUGAUUACAAACAAUAGUUUUUAGUUUUUUACUUGCCAUUUUGCCAAAAUAUACCUUAAUUUUAAUGUUAGUAUAAAUACAGAUAUUUUCAAUAACUACCUUUGAAAAUAAAACUUACGAAUGCGAGUUAUACAAUGUUACGGACAACAGACACUACUAUUAAUAUAAUCCAACAUGGAGGAACAAGCGUGCCUAGUGCGCGCUCGGUCCGACUCUGAGAACUCAUCCAAGCUUAGCUUUGGCUCUAUUUCUCGCACUAUGGCAUACACAGAAGACAGACUAACAGUGACGGAGGGAACAGGCGAGCCUGGCAACACAGUCAAUAUGUCUGCCAGCGCCCCGGACCACACUACAGAGAGCAAUGAGAGUGGUGAAUUGCUGGACUACAACGACUGUAGUGUGCUUGAACAGUUCCAUGAGGAUGCACUCAGACAGGCGGGGUGCGGGUUGUCACAAGUACGAGUCCUAAUCGCAUGCGGACUGGCAAUAGGCGGUUCUGCGCUAGAACUGGCUGCCAUACCUUUCAUACUACCCUCUGCCGAGAUCGAACUGUGUAUACUGAGACACGAAAAGAGCUGGCUCGUGUUGAUCAGCUUGGUGGGCGCGUCGCUGGGUAGCGUGGGGUGGGGGGCGCUAUGUGAGCGCCUCGGAAGACGACGCACGCUGCUCUCCUGUUUGGCUGUCAACGCAGUCUUUGCUGCCGUUGCUGCCUUCAUGCCUACCUACGGAACUUUCAUGAUGGCCAGAUUCUGUUCAGCGCUAGGCUCGGGCGGUAUAACGGGCGCGUGCUACGCGUACGCGUGGGAGGUAGUGGGGCGCGGGCGUGGGGGUAGAGCCCGCGCGAUGGCCGUGCUGCCUCUAGCGGGCGGGGCGGGCGCUCUUACCGCGGCUGCACUCGCGCGCGCUACCCUACCGCCCACCGGCGCUGAAACGCUGCACGAGAACCGCGCGCACUUCAGCGCCUGGCACCGGUACCUCCUGUUGUGCACAUUGCCGAUUUUGGCGUCGUUAAUCAGUCUAAUAUGGACGCCAGAAUCACCCCGCUACCUCCUUGACGUGGGCAGGGAAGUCGACGCAAUGGGUGUCUAUCAGAACAUACACACUGGCAACCAAAUCCGAAUAUGCGGCAAGUCGCAAGUUGGUCGCGCUGACUCAGAAUACAGGCUGGGGGAACUCGCGUUACCCGGCAAACGACGCGCCCCAGCCUUACAUCACGUCCGACAUAGCGUCAAAAUGUUCUGGCAAGCAUUCUUCCAGUUAUUCUCGGGCACGUAUCGGACCGCUACGCUCUCUUUGGGCGGCAUUAUGCUGUUCAUGUUCGCUAUACAAUUCUAUCUAUCAUCGUACGUGCCGGCGACAGUCGUAUCGAAACAGAACGCCCUCCUAGAAGUCUCCAAACAGAUAGAACAAAACGCCACGUACGAGAAACAGCACUACAACCAAACGUUGGACAACAUCGAGUUCGCGAACGUCACGUUCGUCGAGUGCACGUUCAGGGACAUGCUCAUGUCGCGGGUCUCGUUCAGGAACUGUUCGUUUGUGGGCGUGGCGUUUGCGAAUAUCAAGACUUCGAACACCGGCUUCUAUGGAUGUAGCUUUGUCAACACCACCAUAAUCGAUUCGGACAUCGAGUUCGGGCGCGAGCUCGACCCGUGGUGCGUGCUGCACAACACCGUGAUCCGGGGCAUGCGGGGCGGGUGCCGGGCCGACCUCGCCUCCAGCCUGGCCGGCCUGGUGGCCGAGCAGGGGUACGCGGCGCACGCGGCCAUACUGGGCGCCGCGCUCGCAAACAUACCAAGGCUGCACCAAGCGUUACUGUACCUAUGUGCUGCGUGCGUAUUGCUAUCCCCCUCGCUUUACAUACUGCAGAGCGAGACGGCGCUAUACAUCGUAGAAGCGGUAUACCGGUUAUUCAUCACUCUAAUACUGUACAUAGUGAGCAUCAAAGUUCUCGAGACUUAUCCGGCAAAUUUAAGAUGUACAGCGCUCGGGCUCAUUCUAUCCGUGGGCUACAUGGGCGCGGCAAUAGUACGCGGCGUGGGCGACACCAGCGCCAUAUUGAGCUGCGUACUGUGUUGCUGUCUCGCUCUAGCAAGCGCCGCGCUCUCACUCACUCGCCCCGCACGCGGCACAGAUUAAAUCACCGAAGCUGACUAGUGAGUGACUUUAUAAGACAUUAUUAAUAUCGUUUAUCAAUAUCUUGCCAAUUCAACGGAUACCAAAGUGACGUGACUGAGUUAUUACGCUAAAUUAUAUAAGCGUAUUGAGGCGUAGGUACACUAUUUUUAUCGGAGUAUGUAGCAAAUAAUGUAGGACUCAAAAGGUUUCAAGUAAAAUUGAUUGUUUUUAUAUAACUGACAUCUCUUUCUUUGGACAUGAACAGAAAUUAUGGUAUUUUUUUAGACCAUUUUGUAUAUAGAUACAUCAAAUUUACUUGCAGUAACAUCAUUUUGGCAAAGUAAGGCACGUAUCAAGUUGUAAGUACAGUGGAAUCCGUGUAUAAUGACAUCGAAGGGAAUUGACAAACACGUCAUAAUAAGCGGACUUAAUACAAAGCGUUUUGUGAAAAAGAAAUGUAUAUAUGUACUUUUGUAUUUUAAAAGAGAAACAUAGUACAUAUUAUAUUAAAUCAAAAUAAAAAUUGCACGUAAAAAGGACAUACGAUACAUGUAUGUACAUAUAUAUUUUUAUUUUUUUAUGUAAGUAAUCUGUAAUUUUUAUCCGUUUUUUUAAUUUAUUCUAAUAACAGUCUCUAUUGUUGGCGGCGGCGUUGAGAUGACAAUUUUUUCACAGGAUAUCACUAAAAACAAUACGUGACCUUCAAGUGUCAAUUACUCACUGAGAUUCAUAACAAAACCGAGCCACGCGUCGAAUGUCGUCAAGAAUCAACGAACAUUACCGAAGGUGUAAAGAAUCAUUAUAGUCAGAGUCAUUAUAACCGAACAGAAUUUAUCGAAAUGGGUGAUAUAAUAAGUGACAUGACUGUAAAGAAGUCAUUAUAUCCGACUUUUUUACAAAUAAUUUUAUAUGAAAACCAAAUAUCGUAGUGUAAUUAUGUCAUAAUAAUCGGUUGGUCAAUAUAGGCGGAGUCAUAAUAAACCGAUUCUACUGUACUGAGGUACAGUCAUAACAAAUAUAUAAUUUGGGACCUACUUUCCUGAUGACUCACAUGCAAUAAAGUCGAAAUACUAACAUAAAAAAAAACUUUUAGGUUACCUACCAAUUGUAUUUUUGAGAUGAUCAUUUAUUAUAUUUUGAGGAUAAUUGAUAUAUUUCCCAUUAAAAAUCAGCGUUUAUUGUAUUGUAAGGCAAAAGCUAUUUGACUGUUGUCAUUCCUCUUUCCUUGCAUAAAUAUUAAUUUUAUUUUUAACUACAAGGAAUGAUAAUCCGUAUAUAUCUUAUAUUAUAGAAUUCGAACUCGAAGUACAUAAGAGUACAAUUACUGCCGAUUCAAAACGUAUUUUGAAAGCUAAGUCUCCAAGAAAUUAUUAAACUUAUUAUUUUAUAAUAUAACAUGAAUUAAACUGAGAUAGAAUAAUGAAGUCUGAUGGAAAACAGAUAAGCGUUAUUUUUAUUAAGAGAAUGAUACAGUGCCAUGGUAACAUUGUAAAACAAAGUGCCAUAGAGUUGAGAAUAGUUAAGCAUACCCACCUAUCUCGUGUUGUCAAUUUUACAUAACAUUUGAAUAAUGUUUGCCAUAACUAUUUUUUAUUUACAAAAUAUAUAAAUAUUUACCUAUCUCAGUUUUAGUCACAUAAUGUACUUUAUGUAUACUGUACCUACGCUGCAAAAUCGUAAGGUAAUAUUUUCAAAUACACUAACGUUGUGUCAGAUCUCGUAUAUUUGAAACGGUUCUGUUUAAAAUAAUGAUGUGUAAGGAAAAAAUCAUGAUGACGAUUAAAGUUUUCCAAAUAUCAACUCAAUUCUGAAAUACGGACUACUAGAUACCCGGAUAAGAGAACCUACUACAAAAAUUACUAACUGAAAUAAGCCGAAGAUAAUCGUGUGAAUCUUCAAAUUUUCAACCUUAUUUCUAAACGCGUUAAGGUUUAUGUUAUAUAAACAAUUGAAUGACAAACUCGUUCCGAUUAUCGUUUUUAUUUUUGUAGUAGGCUUUAAGAACAUGAAACUCGCAUUCUCUUCAGUCCAACUACUUAAGGAUGAUCAAUCAACAUCAAGUUAUGCUGCGCUAUGCUAUACUCUAUUUGGUCAACUUGCCUAGCUCAUUUAAGGCUCCGUUUUCAAAGAAACGAAGCUGGGCAGUCUCAAAAAAAAUUGGCCAUUGGCAUUGCGCAAAAUAUAUUGUGUGUGUGUGUAUUUUGAACAAUUUCAUUGGUCAUUUUUUGGGUUCUGUGGAAACGCAGCCUUUUUGGCUCGACUACACUUGGUCGUAAGUCGUAUUCGGGUGCACGAAAAACAUUACUCGAAUUCCGGCACCCGAAGCGCUAUUGACACAGGAAUACGAGCUUGAAGAAGCUCUUUGAGCUUGACGAGAGAAGAAAUUGCCUCUCAUAUUCGGGCUAACAACCAAAUGCAAUCGCGCCAUUACAUUAUUACGAGAUAACAAACAAUACACAUCAGGCUUCACUUUGUGUUUUGGUUCUAUAGUGCAGUGCGGCCAUUGAGUUUCAGAGAAUAAGGUUGGGCGCAUAUCUACAGUUUCCUGAUUUGGAAUCCCAGCUUGGAAACCUGAAUGCACGUCCUUACAUACAAAACGUUCAACGAGGUACAUACAAUUCCUAAUUUUUCAGAGUGGUAAAAAAACCCAUAACUAAUAAAAAAAACCGAAACGUCCUGCGCUAGGCUCAAGGAAUUCCGAAUCUGGAUUCCUGAUCAGGAAACCGAAUCCGGAAAUCUUACAUGUUUGCCCAGUCUAAAGUAUACUUGCGAUUAAAUAAAAAAAGAUUUUCAAAAAUAAACUCUAUUGUAUCAACAUAAGGAACUGACUGAUACGACCUGUCACGGAAGCAUUUUUGUAAUUUGCCAACGCCUUUUACAUGAUCACAGCACAGAAUAGAUUGAUGUUGAUUGGUCUGUGUAACCCUUCGUAAUGCGUGUGUGAAAGAUUUACUGAUUUUCAAGAUUGAUUCUUCACCGAUACAUACAAUAUAUGGAUCUUUCCCUCUGCAGCAAAAGUACAGUAAAGCAAUAUCCCAGAAUAGCAAAAUCCUAGAUUAGCAGAAGGAUAGAUUCGCAUAAAGGCAGAAGUAUUGCUUAUCCAUCCUUCUGCAGCAGAAAUCUUCAAGAAAAAAGUUAAAAGGCAUUAUUUGAGUCUACGUGCUUCAGCUUAGACCACAUCGUUGCCUAACAUCAGGUGCGAUAUAGUAAAACGCACUCAAAUCUACAAUAACAAUAAAAACGGCUUGCACUCCGGGAGUGCCGGCAGAAGUGAAUGUUUUCGUCUUACGAAUUUUCGAUUAGGCCACAUGACGCAAGUUUAACAUUUUUUACCCAUCACAAAAACAGUGUACAUCGCCGCUAAAGAAGUUUUCACUUCAAAAAUAGAUUCGAGUGACGAUAAAACUGGUUCGGGUGUUUCCAAAAUUAAAUACAAUUCGCAACAUCCUUAUAAACUUUACUUUUAUAUUAGAUUGUGUCGUCGUACAUUUAAAUAUGCAUAAGGACACGACAUUACCAAGUCCUGGUUGACGGGAGUGAUGUCUGGCUAGACACAAACCCGUUUUUAAUUGUAAAAGACUAUUCUCGGUUAUACCGAAUUUGUGUUGCCUUUGCUUUGAAACGGUAUCUAUUUUUACAUUAAAUAUUUUUUUAUAAUUUUUUAUAUUCACUUACAAGUGAAGUUACCUACUCAUAUUACCCCUUUAACCAUGUCGGAGGUUCUAUGUUUAUUUAUAUUCAAUGGAUUUGCAAGUUCUCUUGCUUGAUCAAGAGUGAUUCGAAAAUUGAGAAAAUAUUAACACUGGUGAAAAUAUUUGUCCAUUAUUUUUAUUCAUUUGAUUUCGAGAUAUCUGCUCAAUUUUGUUGAUUUAUUUGCCUUUUUUCUACUUGUUUGUAGAUUAUGUCGGUAAUAUUCCUAUUUAUGCUCCUAAAUAGGAAGUAGUAUUUAGCGAAAAAGACAUGAGGACUUCGGUACUCGUUAUUUUAAUUUCUAUUUUGACAUAUCAAUUGACUGAAUGAUAAAUUUUAAUAAGUUGUUGAGAGUUAAUAUUAGUUUUUGUGUUGUAAACAAAAUCGCGUAAAAUAACGUGUGUUCUGUUCGCAAUAUUCCAAUGUACAUAAGCAAGAAUUACAAAUAAACCGGUAACCUAUUUUGUUAACCUUAUUUUCAGAUAUAAAUUAUAUCUCUUUUACUUCUUGAAAUCCAUAAAAAGUAUGUAUUUUGCGCCAGUUUUUGAGCGAAAACGAAUAGAGCUCAUAUAGGUAUGAUUCGAAUUAUAAAAAUGAUCUAUAAUGAUUGUUUCGUCUAAUAGAAUAAUGACUUGUAAUUAUACUCAUAAAUUUAAAUUAUGAAAUUAUUUUGUGCAAUAAUAAUUUCGCUAGCAAUAAUUCUAUGUAACCUUCAUUUGACUUGUGAACGAGAUUGAAAAUGGAUAAUGUUAUUAUAUUAAAAUAUUUAGAGAACUCUUUCACCCGUGUAGGUUUAUCUCUGGACUUAAUUGUUAAAAUGUAAAUACAUGACUAUUCUAAUUAUAUGCAGUGACAAAAACUGCUUAAAUUCAUUUACAUUGAAACAAAUCUAAGGAUACAACAGCUAGCAGUUGAAAAAAAAAAUCUAAUAGUAAAAAAAUAUUUGUAGUUUUAUUUUAUUUAGAUUUAAAUACCAGCAGUUACAUGCUUAAAAAAUAAAAAUUAUAAAAAAAUAUUCUCUAUGACACACAGGCGAUAAUUUAUUUUUUAAUGAUUUAUUUGAUGAGUUUUAUUUAUACCUUUCACGUAUGAAACUUCGCUUUGUAGGAUAAUUCUUAGAUUUGUAAAAUUAUAAAGUAUGCAAUAGAACGAUCAUUGGGACUAUAAAAACUAUUGUAAAAUUGUUAUUUAUCAUUAGAUUUAUUGAAGUUAGUGUAACGAAUAUGAAGGCUGAACAUAUCUGGCGAAAGCCAAUGGUUGUACAAAAAGUCUUACGCGUUAUAGUAAAGUGUACCAUAUUUCUUCGCGGUAGAGAGCACAGUAGAUUCGAGUUAUGGAACUAGCAUUGAGAAAAACAUCAAAACCUAAUCCCGGCAAGUCACUUGGCUAUUCGUAUUUGCUAUUUGUGAACUUGACAACAGUUUGUCCUUAUCAUGCUUUCUAUGGCAAUGACAAGGACAGACUGAUGUAUGUCAAGUUGGCCUAUGUAAAUGGAGCCUCUCAUCCACAAACGUUUGUAUUCAUUUGGGACAACGUAUAACACUCCCAGAAAUCAAAUCUAUAAAGGCUAGAAACAUUUUUGAGCUUCUGAAGCUUUUGAAGCUGUCUGGCUUAAAAAGAUACUUUAACUUGGUGGCGUGUCACAAUAGAUGUUAUAGGUCGCAGUGACUGCAAUCCCAUUAGGACUGCAUAGCCAAAAAUCUAAAAUAAUCACAAUAAGUUUACAAAUAGCAAAUACUAAUAGCCAAGAGAAGUGACGGCAUAACGGCGGCUCUUGAAAAGUUGUUAAAACGGCACCAACAUGUUACAAAUCCGUUGUUCAAACCUGAUUUAAACAACAUUAAGCCGGGGUCAACUACCUUAAAGGCUAAUUGAAAAAUGUUGUGAAUAUAAUAAAAAAAUAUUAUAAUUAAAUUAUUGACUUGGCUUUAAAUCUUUAGUAGUGUCAUCAUAUCCUUAAGUGAUAUUACCAUAGACUGCUUUUAUUUACUAGUUUAAAUUAAAAGACAUUUUUAUUUGUAUAUUAUUCCCUGCAUUGUCCCACGAGAUUUAGUGGAAAUAUUUGAUAUGAAGAUUGCCAUUGUGUGUGCUAUAUUAUAUUUUUUAUUAGGUAAACAAUUUUAUUUACACUUUAUAUUUAAUUUAAAUGUAAAAUUUUGGUCAAAACGUGAAACGAAAAUUGUAUUAUCUGUGUAUGAGUGUGUUUGUGUGAAAUUUAUAUUAUUCCGAUGAUAUACAUAUUAAUUUUGCCAUAAACUUAUGUAAGAUAUUAAUUAAUAUUCGUUUAAGAUUUAUUAGUAUUCCAUGAAACACAUUGCCAUUCAAAUAUUGUAUACCUACUUAUUUAGUUUGUAAAAUUCCUUUUGAUUCAAAAUGUGAGAUUAAUGUUAAUAUAUGAUAUUUUGACCACCACAUUAUAUUAUCACUUACUUAUUUCCGUUUCAAUACUCGUUAUUAACUGUAAAUGCAUUAAAAUACAUUUAUUUUAUUUUUAUUCUCCAUAAAUAGAAGCGAGUUAAAUUUCCUAGUCAAUAAUGAAUGAUUGUAAAACUUGAGCCAAUAAAGAAAUUCUGUCAUUCUCGCACAUUAUUUCUGACAUGAUGUGGCAGCAGUACAGAAUGUCCUGCGUCAUUAUUGUCUUUUCUUUUCUUCACAUAAUUACAACCGACUUAAUUCACUGAUUACAGAUGUCACCAUACAUCACAAUUAAUUUUACUAUGAAUUUUAUUGGUGGCAAAAAAAAUAUAUCUGUAGAUAAAAAAUAUUCACAAAUAUACUAUAAUGUAUCCAUAUUAUGUUUGUAUUUAUUGAAUACGAGCAUUGUAUUUUUAUUUUAACUAAUGUAGUUGAAACAUAGCUGUUAAUAUUGUACACAAUAAUAGAUAGAAUUUAUUCAUUGUAUAAAAAUACAUUUUUAAGUCAUUGAAUUACAUUUUUCAUGUAAAACUGAGAGUAAAUCAGCCUUUUUCUAUAUCAUUAUAAUAUACAAUCAUUGUUCAGUCUUAUUAGAAUCAUUAAAUACAUUUUUUUAUCGUACCCUGGAAUGAAGAAAUUGUAAGAUGGCGUUUCGUUAGUAGGUACAUUACAGAAAAAUAUAACCGUGUUCAAAAGAAAAUCAAUUAUUCCAUGGUGUUCUAAAAUCAGCAUUGCGGAUCGCUAUUUCAAUAAUUUAAUGAACUCUAAAUUUACAGAAAAUUACCGCUGAAAUGUAUCGUAAUUGUAUCAUUUUAAUGCAUAUCGUUAGCUUUCUGAGACUGAAAAAUAAGUUGACUAUUGCUGCAAAUGUAUGUAUUUACUUUAAGCAUUGUAUGUUGGACAUUCAGAUAUUUUUGGACUGUGUAGUUUUUGCUUGUAAUUAUUACAUGCUAUCAUAUAACCAUUGGCAGCUUAAUUUGAAAGUUGUGUACAGGGCUGGAUUUGGAUUUAGAGACCCCAGGGUCUCCACACCUCUAAAUCCAGCAAGGGUCUCCCACUUCAGAGUAGGAGAUCCUUUUUUAAAGUCAUGCCCUCCCCCCCCUAUCUUCUUUUCAAAUACAAAAGUAAUAAAAUUUAGUACCCAAUUCUGGCACGAUUCUCUAAACUUAAAACUAAAUUUGACAAGUCUCUCAUUUUCAUUCACGUUAAUUAUAGCAUGGCAAGGAUUGUCAAAUUUAAUUUUAGAUUUAUAGAAUAAUGCCAGAAUCGGGUACUAAAUUUUAUUAGUUUUGUAUUUGAAAAGAAGAUGGAUUAAUUUCGUAAUGAUGAGGGCAACUGGUAAUGCGGGAAUUAAACUACACAAUUUUAAGGGACCCUUGCCUCUUUUUUUUGUUAGUACAAUGCUUGACGCAUACCCCGCCCCUGGGUGAGAGACGGGGUCAUAUGGGAAGGGAUCCUUACCCUGACUAAGGGUGGUGUAAUGUGAGUUAGGGAGUAAGGGACCCGGUCUAGGGCGAUCGGCGUGGUGCAGUAAUUGCUUACCCUAGCUAGGGGUUUUUACCCUUUCGAUUUGGUCCUUAAAAUUGGGUAGUGUAAAUCCCGUUUAAUAACCAAUAGAGAACUUUUACUUUCUAUUUAUAAAACUAAAUUGUAUGACUCUUCACGCAUACAUUUAUAUUCUCGUUGCACUGUGUAUAGUUUACAGUGAAAUAAGACUUGUUAAAUCCACAAUAACUUUUACUUAAUAAAAUCAUGAAACUCUCUCCAUUUGACUUCUAAAAGUAACGUUAUGUCAAAAUAAUAAUUGUCUUGUAAUUUUAGGAUUCCCCGUUGAGUUGUUUAUGUUAAAAUAAGUUAGUUGUAAUUGUGACAAGAACGUAUUAGAAGGUAUAGACUGAAAAAUAUAAGUCACCAGUCUUGUAUAUAACGGUAAGAUUAAUAAAUACAUUACGUUAAAAUUUGCAGUA